CUCUUUCCAAGUCGUUCUAGUCAUUUUCAGAACUCUUUCUUUUGUCAUAAUGAACUAUGGGAAUAUCUCGUCAACUGACCAAAGUUUUCAGGCUGGCUAUGACACAAUCAAUUCAGCAAAUUAUUUUUCAAUCCCUGUAACUGAUGAAACUAAGUUGUUCAGCUCCAGUAAUGUCAGUGUGCCAGGACGCUGGGUAUUUCGUGUUGAUGGUGGACCUGAGGAGGGAAUAUUCUACCCAUAUGGAGGUGUCGAGGAUAAGAUGAGCCCGCAGUCGGAUGAUGGAAGCUCUCCACUGAUUCCUCUGCUGCAGCCAUUUGUGUACUUUGGCCGUGUAUAUGACAAAAUAUUUGUAAAUAAUAAUGGAGACCUGACCUUUGAUAAACCGUUUUACCAGUGGUAUCCCCAUUAUUUUCCUGCAUACUCAUCCAUAGACAUCAUUGCUCCACUGUGGAGAGACAUUGAUAAUACUGAGAAAGGAACCAUUUCUUACCGACAAGUAACAACAGAUGCCAAUCUCUUGAAUCGGGCUUCAAGAGAUAUAAACAAAUAUUUUCCCAACUUGAACUUUUCUGCCUCUUGGGUUUUUAUUGCUACAUGGGAUAAAGUACCAUACUUUGGAACCAGAGAGUCAGAAUCGACCUUUCAAGUGGUUUUGAUGUCUGGCAAAAAUCUCUCAUUUACACUCAUGCAUUAUGAUUACAUCACUUCCACCCAAAGCGUUGAGUCUGGCUUUGACGCGAUUAACUCUACUAAUUUCUUUUCAAUUCCUUUUACUGACGUUGCAAAUCUGUCAUACACAAGCAAUGUCAACGUUAUGAGUAGAUGGGUAUUUCGUGUUGACAAUUCAUCAGAAAACAAUGGAUUCUGUAGCAAAACUAAUCCCCAAGCUUCCUCAGAUGAUGAUUCUAGUGCUGUGAUAUGUGGACAAAGCCCAGUUACCAGCAGCAGCAGGAUAGUAGGAGGUCAGAAUGCUUCAGCUGGUCGCUGGCCCUGGCAAGCUAGUGUUCUUCGGUUGAGCAGGCACAUCUGUGGAGGUUCUCUCAUCAACAAAGAGUGGGUGCUGUCUGCUGCACACUGUGUUCAUGGGUAUCCCGUCUCUUAUUUCAGAGUAGUUUUGGGGCAACAGGUCCAAGGUGGCUUCAACCCUAAUCAAGUGUUAAGAUCUUUAAAAGUCAUCAUCAAGCAUCCCAAUUACAACCGUUUUACUAAUGACAAUGAUAUCACUCUUCUCAAACUGAUAUCACCCAUCACCUUCACUGACUACAUCAGACCCGUGUGUCUAGCAGCUUAUAACAGUGUGUUUCACAGCGGCACAGACAGCUGGAUCACUGGAUGGGGAAACAUUAGUGAAGGAGUGGCCCUUCCAUCCCCUAAAGUUCUACAGGAAGUGGAGGUUCCUGUUAUUGGUAACAGACAGUGCAACUGUCUCUAUGGAGUUGGAAAUAUAACAGACAACAUGAUCUGUGCUGGUCUACUGGAAGGAGGCAAGGACUCAUGUCAGGGAGAUUCAGGAGGACCGAUGGUGAGCAGACAGAGCUCUGUAUGGGUUCAGUCAGGUAUCAUUAGCUUUGGCACUGGCUGUGCUCGACCUGAAACUCCCAGAGUGUUCGCCAGAGUAUCACGCUAUCAAGAAUGGAUCAGUUCCUUUGUGUGCAGUGAUCCUCCAGGUUUUGUGCAGUUUACGUCCACUGGAUAUGAUCCUGACUACAGUUACAGCUGUCCUGGUCUUCCUCCUCCUCCUCCUCUUCCUACUUCCUCAUCCACAGAUACUUCUACAAAAUAUUCUCCAAAAUAUCUGUUCUGUUUGCUGUUGCUUCUACCAAUACUUGCCGUAAUUUUUUAUGCAGUGAAACACCGUUCGGGGUCAAUAAGAUGUUUGAAAGAUAUUUAUACUGCUAGUCAGCAAAGAUGCAUUAAUUUGACCAGAGGUGGCAGUAAAGACAUUUACAGUGAUACAAAAGUUUUAUAUACCAAAUAAAUGGUGUUCUUUUGGAAAUAUUUAAAGAAUCCUGAAAAAAAAAAAGUAUCACAGUUGAACGUUAAAAUAUGAAGCAGAACAACUUUUUUUUUUUUUUGGCAAUAAGAAAUGUUUCCUUUAUAGUAAAUCAGCAUAUUAGAAUGAUUUCUGAAGGAUCAUGUGACACUGAAGACUGGAAAAAGAGUUUUGAUCUUAUAAUAUUUAGUUAUUUUCUUGAUAUCUCGUACACAAUUUUAAUUCUUCAUUAACUUUUAAAUAGCUUUAAAUAACAGUUCAUUUAUUCAAUAUCCUGGACCCUAUCAGUACAUAUUAGGGAAUGAUAAUUUGUUAUUUACUCUUUACUUCUAAUUACCUUACCAACAUAUGUGAAAUAUUUUUGUGACUUGAGAAAACAUGUAUAUGUUUUUCACAAAUGAUGUUCAUUUUACUGAAUAUUGGGAAACAAGGUAUCACUUUCUGUUCUAUUUCCUAUUCUACUGAUGUUUUAUACUGUAUAUUUUUACACUAGAUGUGUAUCUUUACAAAUCUAAUUUCACUUGGAGGUUAUAAUCAUUUAAUUUGAUUAAGUGUUUGCUUAUUAAGUGAUGUACUAUUAAACUGUUUUUUGGGGUGUGCUGACUAAUAGACUAUUGUUGCAUUAUAGCACAAAAUUACAUUUUUAUCUUUUGAGUGUAUCCUUUUCACUGGAUGUAAUUAUUAAAUACUUGUAAUACA